AAAGGAGACGCUAGGCGAUUGGUUGGCGACAACACCAACGACGGUCUCUAGUUCCACUCAAAACCCCAAACACUGUACCUCCUCCUCCUAGUCUCCUUCUCUACUAAAUAAAAUCCCAUCUUUUCGGUCUCUUAAAUCUCGUAGUAAUAGCCAGCAAUAUUUUCAGGCAAAAUAAGAACCGGAAAGUAUCACAGAAGCCUGUUUUGCUAUAUUUUGAUGGUUUUGGUUUGAGGGUGUUGCUGGGUUAGGAUUGUUUUUUUUUUUUGGCUUUAGAGGGUGUAAGGGUGUAACAAUGGCGGGAAUAGCUAUAGUUUUAGAUCUACUGAGAAAAAACCCAACUCAAACAGCCCAGGCAUUACACUCUUCUGGGUUUUUCUCAGCCAGAGCAGCAGCUGCUGCUGCCUCUGUUGCCGCCGGAGCUCCGUAUGUUUAUAAGACAUUAUUCGGUAAUUUUAGGAUACCAGUUGCCUACUGUGAUGCUGGAACAGCAUGGUCUGAAGACUAUGUUUCUAAUUUACAAAGCGCAUCUCAAAGAUUGUUUCAGAAUGACUCUCUGAAUUACAGUACCAAGGAUUACAAAAUUGAGUUAAAGCCUCUGUUCUCAGCUUUUGAAUGGAGGGCUCUAGCUAUGACAACUUUGAGGUCAUUUUUAAUGUUCUUUUUACCUCUUUUGGAGCCUCGUUCAAACUUGGAAGAGGAUGAUGAUGACUUCCUGCCAGACACUGAAGAAGAGCAGCAUGUAGACUAUGCUGUUCCAAUAAAAAAAUCAGUAAUUCAAAUUGUUCGUGAGACCACUGUUGUAACUACAAGACGGAUUCUAGAACGACUUGCUGUCCAUUAUGUUUCACAGAGAAUGGCAUGGAAACUUCUUAAAGAUGUUCCAAAGUCAGCCAUGAGGAAAGCUGGAAGAAAGUUGCCUACUUUGGUUUUCUUCUUCAGUGUUAGCAGAACAACUUUCAGAGGGCACUUUCUGGGUGUUGCAGCGUCAUGGCUCAUCCAAGUAGGCAUUGAAAUCUACCGAUUUUUUUCUCAUAUGAUAAAGUCUAAAGAAGAAGUUGAUGACAUUGAUACACCAGAGCAACUUAAACUUCUUGCGACAAAGGUUUCAAGUGCUACUAUCAAGUGUGGUGCAUCACUCGUUUUUGCUUCCAUUGGGGCAGGUAUUGGUGCCACCCUUAUCCGCCCUUCGGUUGGCCAGUGGAUUGGCUGUGCUGCGGGGGAUUUGGCAGGGCCUGUUAUCAUAUCAUAUUGCUUUGGGAGAAUUUUCCCUGCAGAACUUUGAGCACUGGGGAUAAACUUGUUUGGUGUGUUCUUUGCAAUUGCUUCGAAGUUGACUGGUAUACACAAGACAAUUUGUUAGAAUGUGAUGAUAAAAGUUUUGACAGCAAGACUUGAAAAAACUUUUUACGAUGAAUUUUUCAAAUAAACUGUUUUACUUUGGUGUUUACUCAUCGUGGUUGUGUGAUUAGUGGAAGAAUGCUUUCUGAAUUAGCCAAGAUAGGGAAUGGUAGAGACAUGGGUUGUCAAAUUUUGGAGGAGCCUCCUUGCAGCGUAAUUUCUGUUUUAUUAGAUGACAAGGCCGGCAAGGCCUGUCCUAGAUUAAUUGUUUCUUAAGUUUGUUUUUGGCUCUGCGUCAGUGUAACCGAAGAAAAGAAUGCACUCUGAAUUGAUUGUUUCUUUGUACUGCAUAUCUAUGCCCAUUCUUGUCUUAUGUAUCUGUGCUCCUGGGAACAAUUUUAAAGUUUGUUUGAUAUUGAACUUAGUAUUCUGAUGAAUGCUUCUGAGAAUGGAUGUUUGGAUUUAUGA